GUCAAACGUCUUCCAGCAGUCAUGUCAACAUCGCCAGACUCUCCACUUUUCGACGAAGAAGAAAUUAGUGUUGAUGAUAUUGACGAACAAAAGCAAAUUAAACCAGGAGCACAGAAAACUGUACGAUUAAACAUAAACGCCAGGGAAAGGAGAAGAAUGCAUGAUCUGAACGAUGCCCUAGACGAACUGAGGAGCGUUAUACCUUAUGCUCAUUCACCGUCCGUAAGGAAAUUGAGCAAGAUCGCAACUCUACUACUAGCCAAGAAUUACAUACUAAUGCAAGCUAAUGCCCUAGAAGAAUUGCGCAGAUUAAUCGCCUAUAUGAACGCUGGAGGCAAUUUCGGCCAUCUCUCCCCAACCGGAACUGAUGGUAACGUCUUCCCAAAUUUCCCUCGUUCACCGUCGAAUGCCGCCUCGACCACAUCGCCAUCGUCAAGUUUCGCACCUGAUGUUAAAAGACCGAGAAUGGAUCGAAUUGACGUCUAACAUAGUCUAUUUUAAAAAGAAGAGAGAGAACGUUUCAAAAAAAAAAAACUUUUCCUUUUUUCGAGAGAAGUUUGUCUUUUCUAUAUUUUAUGAUAAUUAACAUAUGCAUAUGCAUACAGUAUUAUUCUAACGAAAAAGUCUGCAUUAUAUACUUAUUCGUUUAAAAGAACUCAAAUUUUCAUUACUUCAUAUGUUUACCGUAUAGAGAUUAAAACGAUUCAAGG